AUGGUUGAUGAGAUCUCCGCCUUGGGGUUACGCCACGUGGGUUACGGGAUCUCGACGGACUUGUUGACGCCCUUCGUCACCGCCCACGUGGAGGCGGCGCGUUCGCGGGACGCCGGACACCGCUUCGGCACGUCGGCGUUUGGGACACGUUGGUCCAUGAGUUUGAUCGCCAAGAUGUUGAUGCGGAUCAUCAUGGAAGGCUCCACGGUGGUCAUGAAAGCCAUCAACACCAAUCACGAGGCGGUGCUAAAGAAGGCGGUGGCGGUGGUCCCUCGUGGGCAGCGCGCGAGUGAGCUCCUCAACGUGUCCUGCGGCACGCAGUCGAUCUCACCGCUGUAUUGGGCCAUCGACAGCGGCUCCUUGAUCUCGGCCAAAGCCAUUAUCGAGGAUCUGCUGACUAUUCGGGCCGAUCGGGAUGUGUACUACUACGGCUGUGAUGCGUUGUUCACUCGGCACCCAGACUUGAUCCACCGGAUGUGCUUGUGUGCGCCCAGCCUUUUGGAGCCUCUUCUGGAUGGCUUGGUCUGGCGCUCUCGGAGCACGGUGGACGGGCAACGGCGGGUGAAUUACUAUGUGAAGCAUUUAGUGCAGGAUUUGGAUGGGAACUUCAGUGAAACGCUCAGUUGGCUCGUGGAGUACCAGGUUGGGUCGUGGGCAUCAACGGCCCAAGCCACUCCUUUCCAGGAUCCACAUGUGGUCAGCCACCCUGCAGCUGCUUUGGCAGCAGAUCUCAUCUGGUUCCGAUUUGCGGUCUUCUACUUCCUUCGAGGACGUUGCUAUUUGCUCUUCACCCUUUGUGUCUUCAUCGCUGGUCAAGCUGUACUGGGACAGCGCGACGAGAGCUUCGAGGAGAAUGUGGCGAUUUUCGCAUGCCGAUGCUUUCUAUACUUCGGCAGCAUGUGCCAACUCCUCUACAGCCACUGGUCGCUGGCCUAUGUGGACAUCAAGCGGGGUGCCAUUGAUCGUUCCUACAUCUUUCCCAUCCCCGAAUACCUCUUCGACGUUCAACAGGCGUUGUAUAUGACCUUAGUCAGUGCGCUCAUCAUCAUGUUCUUCCUCGAGCCGAUCCUGUGGUGCAUCAAAGAUAGUGCCGAACUGGGCACGGAGAUGAAUAACUCCACCGGCACCUACAUCUUCACCGAGAAUUGUGCCGCGGCCGAGGACGCGGAACCUCCAGGGUCUCCGGAAUUGAUCUUAUCCUGUCUAGAAGGAAAGACCUUGAAUCAAGACAUGUUGCUUCAGACUUAUGAUGCACUGAUGAGCCUGAACCGCUCGCCGAUUCCCUCGCUGGAGCACGAGUUUCACCAGGACAUGGGCGCAUAUUACAUCUUCUCUGGCUUAGCCAUGCUGCUCUAUUGGGCGCUCUUGGUGGACUUCGCAGAACCUUGGUGCAGCCGGGUGUUCUCGGAGGUGCCCAGCGCGGAUGGGACGUGGGGAGAUGUGGCGCUCUUUGGCUUGGCGUUGGGCUUCUUAAUCGUGGCCUUCGCCACGGCCAUUAGCACCUUGAACCACUCUCUGUUGUCCUACGAUGGCGUUCAUCUAUGGCUCGGCGCGCUACUUCGGAUCUCCCUAGGCAUGUUCCCGGCCACAGAGUACUUGAGCUUUCGAGAGGAGGUCCCCGUCUUGGUGGCCGUCUCCGCCUUCGUCGCCGUGGUCUUCGUGGUGAUGUUGCCACUUGAAGGAAGGACGCCAGGGGCCGUGAUGGGCCGUGGGGCCCGUGCUGGGAGAAGAGACCUGGAAGCUCAGGACCAAAGAAACCAGGCGCAGGCCCGGUGGCUUGUCAAGAUUCUCUUUCCGAGUCUUGUGCCAACGAGUAGGCCAAAACAGAAGGUCAUGGGUACCCAUCUCACCUUAUUUUGGAUGAGUCCUUCCUGGGGGAGUCGGACUGAGAUACCCCACCCCCGGUGCAUUUUCACGGACUUCCAUUGA